AUGGCCAGCAUGACCACCCGCCGCCGCAAGGGCGGGAGCGAGGCGAAGCGCGACGACGCGGCGAAGCGCGACGACGCGGCGAAGCGCGACGACGCGGCGAAGCGCGACGACGCGGCGAAGCGCGCCGCGGUGGAGGCCAAGGCCGACGAGUACGCGAUGACGGACAGCGAGAGCGACGACGACGACGAGCCGUCGGCCGAGUCCCUGACCGCGGCGCGCCUCGCGCUCGGCGGCCUCGAGCACUCGAUGACGGACCUCAUGGGCGAGCCGCCGGCGUGGCUCGCGGCGUCGCUCGCCUUCCUCGGCCCGAAGGUCGACGCGCUCCUCGGCGCUUUCGAGGUCGCGUACGGAAUCGCCGCGCCGUUCGCUGCCGCCGUCGCCGCCGUCGCGGCGCUCUACGUCACGCGGGAGGGCGCGGAGGUCGCCCUCGGCCUGCUCGCGUGCGUCUACGGCGGGUCCUUCACGAAGGUCAUCGCCGUCGCGGAGGCGCUGAACGUCACGGGCACGUGGGCGUCCGUCCGCGUCGCCGCGGCGCAGCUCCAAGCGCACGUCGAGGUCGUCGUGCGCGCGGAGCGCGCGGACAGCGGCCGCGAGUCCAUGGCGGGCCUGCACGACCGCGGCGAGAUGGGGCGCAUCGUCGCGCGGAAAUUGCGCGUCUCGGCCGCGGCGAUCCGCGACCCCAAGGCGCUCUCGGGCACGCUCAGCGCGCUCUGGUCCGCGGCCGCGACCGUCGCGGCGGCCCUGCGCGUGCGCUUCGCGCGCACGCUCGUCCUCGGCGUGAGCCUGGCCGAGGUGCUCCGGCCCCUGGCGCUCCGGGAACUCGCGGCGCCGCUCGCGAGGGCGCUCGACCGCGACCACCGCCAGUGGGCGCCGACGCUCGUCGAGUGGGGCGUCAAGCUGCUGACGGUCACCGUCGCCUACAACCUCGCGCGCUACGUCGCCGCCUGGCACAGCGCGUGCCGCGGCGGCGCCGUCGCCGCCAAGGCCGCGCUGAAAUACGCGAAGCGGAAGGGCUACGCGCCGGCGCGGCUCGCGCUCGCGACGGACGAGCGGCCCUACCGCGGCGCCGACGGCACGGGGCCCCUGGCCUUCGGGUUGUACGCCGACGAGCUCCUCGGCUUCGCGCUCGCGGCCUUCGGCGCCAAGGUCCAGUUCACCAAGGGCUUCCGCCUCCCGCCCCUCCUCAAGCUCCUCCUCCUCCCCGCGCGCCUCGUCGAGGGCUUCCUCGCCGUCGCCUUCGUCGGGCUGGCGUAAGGACGCUACGUGUGC